AGAACUCCAAUUCCCAUAAUCCCUUGCGACGAUGACAGGCAGUAGAGGAGACACACUUUGGUUUCUGUCACUCGGUCCCCGGAACUACUACGUCUGUUUAUUCUUUACAGAUAUACACCACAUCUCUAUAGUACAAGACACAAUUCAGAGUUAGUGACAGCCAUGGAGCGUGUCCUGGGAGGAGGAAUGCUUCCACUGGUUUUAACAAGCGUGGGAGUCUUGCUGUUGUACCGGAUACUUGUCCGUCUCAGAAAAGGAGUUUCUGUGCAAGGUUCUGUCGUGGUCAUAACAGGAGCCAGCUCCGGUCUUGGAAAAGAGUGUGCACGAGUCUUCCAUGCUGCAGGCGCUCGACUUGUACUGUGUGGAAGAGAUGCAAGCCGACUGCAACAGGUGGUCCAGGAGCUUUCAGAGAGUUCAGCAGGCUUGCAGCUGCAGACUUUCACUCCCAGCACUGUUGUCUUCGAUCUGGCAAAUGCAGACGCGGUGGGCAGAGCUGCAGAGGAGAUCCUGAAGUGUUACGGACAAGUGGAUGUCCUCAUUAACAAUGCUGGAGUCAGUUACCGUGGCAACAUACUGGACACCCACAUCUCUGUUCAACGGGACGUUAUGGAAACAAAUUACUUUGGACCCAUUGCUCUUACACAAGCCCUCCUGCCUGACAUGGUUCAGAGACGCAGUGGCCAUGUCGUGGUUAUCAGCAGUGUACAGGGGAAGAUAGCCAUUCCUUACAGAUCAGCCUAUGCAGCCUCCAAGCACGCCACCCAGGCCUACUUCGACUGCUUACGGGCAGAGGUCGACCGCUACGGGAUCCCAGUGACGGUGAUUAGUCCCGGGUACAUCCGAACCAACCUGUCACUCAACGCCGUCACCGGAGAUGGAUCCAAGUAUGGAGUUUUGGAUAAAACCACAGUGACAGGUGAAGACCCCACAGUUGUAGCUCAUGCAGUCCUAAAGGCUGUCUGUCAGAGAAGCAAAGACGUGGUUUUGGCUGGAUCGCUGCCCACCGUGGCCGUCUACCUCCGCACGCUGUGGCCUGCACUCUUCUUCAAGCUCAUGGCCUCUCGCGCUCGCAAGGAACAGAAACCCAAAGAGGAGUAAUUCAGCAGCAGGAGGACACCAGCAUCUCAGUGCUGUGUUACAGACACUUGGACUAAAACUGUGAAAGCUUGAUUGCUACUUACGGAGUCCGAAAAGACUGGAUGUGUCAAAAGAUGUAGUAAGUCUUUCCAGUUCUUGACUUGAGCAAGUUCAACAGCAGACACGAGCCAGAAACCUGCGUGUGGCUGUGGCUGGAGCUUAUUCUGUAACAUCUGUGACUGAUCAGGUAAUAAAGGCUGUGCUACUUGAGUAUUUCUGUAAAUAAACCUUUCGUCAGGAUCACUGUGUUUUAUCAGCGCAUAACAACACCGCAUAAUGUGAUUUAUGUGGUGACUUGAAUGAGAUGUCAAAAUAUAAUGAAUUUAAAUUUUAUUAGCAGUUUUGGCACAUCUUUCCACAACCAUUGUGCUUCAUUCAUUGUGAAACAUUAUGGUAUUUGUUAAAAAGACACAUUUCUACCAAAAAUCUCUCUUUGUUUUGAAACAUGGCAGCACCUGCCAUGUUGUUUCUUGGACUCUUGUUUUAUGAUAGUAAUCAUAAGACAAACACAGCUAAUCUGUGCAGCAAGGAAAUUUAAACAGCUGAUUUAUUUAUUUGUUGAAUAUUUGCCAUCAUGUGAAUGUCAGUAACCUCUUUGAUGGGAAUCGAUGCAAAAUCGAUGUAGAGAAUACAGUUACCCUCAAAGCAGCAAGUGCUCUUCUCAUAUAAAUCUUUUUUUUUUGUAGUAGCAUCAAACAAAAUGAAAACACCACUUUUUAAUAUUGAAAGACAAUACAGCUCUUAUGUGCUUCUAUACUGCAAAAUCCCCUCGACAGUCAGAAGUCCUUUAAAAUAAAUACGUGAAGCCCAAAUCAGAUUAUGAAAUGUAGUUUUAAAGAAACUAGGAAAAGGAGGGAAGUUUCUCAAGUAAUUAAGCUGCUAUAGUUUUGAGACGAUACCAGUUAGGUCGCUGGUCAGAGGAACAACCAGGCUGGUAUCAACAAAUGACGUAAAAACUGUUGUUCAGUUGAGUAAGAACACAGUGGAACGACUGUUAACAGUUUUUAAGUAAAAGAUGAUCCGAGGUGUUCAAUACUCUCUUGAAUAAUAGCUAGCUCCUUUAUAAUCCAUUCAUGUGUUGUAGAAAUGUUUAAGCUCCUACGACCUAAAACUACUUGCUGUAACAACAUCAAUAAACGUGUGUGAACCAACUACUCAUAAGGUGAUUUCACUCUGGGUUGUAACUUUCCACUAUUGGUCAUGUCAUUACAAAUAGUUGCUGUAUCUGAGUGACCUCAUGAUAAUGGAAUAAACAAUAACA